AUGGUCAAACUCGGUGCUCUGGUUCUUGGGCUUCUCAGUCUGACGACUGAAGUAUGCGCGCAAAGAGCCGUCAGGAUAAUGCCCUUUGGGGCGUCCAUUGUCUCACGAUGCUGGCGCGCAAACCUCCAAACCUCUCUCCGAGCUGCGGGUAUCACCAACUUUGAGUUUGUCGGCAGCCAGACAUCAACAUGCUCUGGCACCAACAUCGACCAAGACCACGAAGGCCACCCCGGAUCUCAAGCAACUGCCUGGGCUGCCACCACCAACCUGGUAGCCAAGCUGAAGCAGAAUCCCCCGGACGUAGUCAUCAUGCUCAUCGGCACCAACGACGUUCUCAUCGGUCAAAAACCCAUUGUCCAGAUCCUCGCCUCCUACGACGUCCUCAUCUCCCAAAUGCGCGCCAGCAACAGCAGAAUGCAAAUCAUCUUCUCCAACCUGCUUCCUCUGGACCCCGCCCGCUUCAAAGCCACCCCUGUGCAGGGUAUCAAGGACCUCAACGCCGCAAUCGCAACAUACAUCGCUACGCAAAAUACAGCCCAGAGCCCCGUCCGCUUUGUCGACAACUUUUCUGGCUUCGAUGCUGUCAGGGAUACGGAUGAUGGCGAGCACCCCAAUUUGACUACUGGCGUACAAAAAAUGGCAGCCAAGUUUUUUGGACCGACAAGAGAUGCGAUUAGAGCUGUUUCCGCGGCGAAGAGGGUCAGGACCGUUAGUGUGAGGUGGAGGAAUAGAGUAUAA